AUGGCGCUUGCUCUCUUGCUGUGGGCAGUCGUGGCCUCUACAUGUCUCGGAUCCAGCCUGGCCCAGACGGUCACUCAGCCUCAACCAGAAAUGUCUGUGCAGGAGGAACAGACUGCGACCCUGGCCUGCACAUAUGACACUAGUGGAAGUGAUUAUUAUUUGUUCUGGUACAAACAGCCUCCCAGCGGGGAGAUGAUUUUCAUUAUCCUCCAAGAAGCUUUUAGACAACAAAACGCAACAGAUAAACGCUUCGCUGUGAACUUCCAGAAAGCAAGCAAACACUUCAGCCUCAGGAUCUCAGACUCCCAGCUGGAGGAUGCAGCGGUGUAUUUCUGUGCUCUCAGGGGCACAUAUAGUGGAAGUAGCAGCUACAAACUGACAUUUGGAAAAGGAACCCUCUUGACUGUGAAUCCAAAUAUCAAGAAUCCUGACCCUGCUGUGUACCAGCUGAGAAGCCCUAAAUCCAGCAAUACUUCCGUCUGCCUAUUCACCGAUUUUGAUUCUCAAACGAAUGUGUCCCAAGCCACAGGGUCCACAGUGUCCCACUCGGACAGCACAGUGCUGGACAUGAAGCACAUCAAUUCCAAGAGCUACGGGACCCUGCUCUGGAGUGAUGGCACUGAUUUUGGAUGUGAAGGCACCUUCAAUGAGACCUUCUACUCCAGCUCAGAAUUUUCCUGUGAUGCCACGUCGGUAGAGAAAAGCUUUGAAACAGAUAUGAACCUAAACUUCCAAAACCUGUCCGUGAUCGGGUUCCGCAUCGUGCUCCUGAAGGUGGCCGGCUUUAACUUGCUCAUGACGCUGCGGCUGUGGUCCAGCUGAGGUCACCAAGAAUGUGAGAGCCCAAUGCUCCUCGUGCCUCGCUCCUCACCGCCCGCCUCUCUCCCAGCAGAGAGACACGCACUCUUGGCCUCCAAGGAGGAGAAGUCUCCCUCCGCCUCUCUGGCCCCACUGGCAAUGCCACCAACUGGAUCCUACCAGAUAGUUGUGAUCAAGAUGCUGAUGAGCUGCCAAAUGCUGCCGCCACUCCCUCCGUCCCCUCAUUGCUGCUCGUCACGGCCGGACGCCGCUCCCUGGGAAGGCAGGGGCUGCUGCAGCCCCUCCUGGCUGUGGAGACACCCCCUCCGCUUCCGAAGCUGCCUCUGACAUCUCACAGGGUGAUGGGUCCCUGUGGGCUUCUCUCGAGUUCUAGUUCCUGGAGAAUGUUGUGGGGAGCUUACAUUUUUUUUUUAUAUUUUUAAAAUAGUGUUUGUGAAGAAAUACAUAUUGCCCUUUGCCCCAAGAUGUGGGGGGAAUUACCUCACCAUCUCGGCCCUGCUGUGCUGUGUGUGUGAGCCACGUUGUGUAUUCUGCUUCCCUGGCUUCAUU